CUUAUUUAUGUAAAUUACGUUUGAGCUGGCUUGAGUCUAAAAAUAGUACUGCUGUAUCAAACUUUGAGUUUGCUCUGAGUCCCUCCUAAGGAGCCUCGUGAUGACACAUUUCAGAGUCUUCCUCGGCGCCCCAUCCGUUAGUGAUCUCAGAAAAGACCCAGCUGGUUCGUACACCUGGAAGACUAUUGAGCCUUCUUUAGCAGAGGCCUCACAAGCACUACUAUACCCUCCCGCAACACUCGAAGCCGCGAGCAGACGAAUAUCUUUGCUCUACCAGAACGUCAUAUUCGACGAUAGUAAUGAAGAAGCCUUUGAUCAGGAGUACGUUGGUCAGGUCGCAUGGCCUGAGGGAAGCGAGCCUUUGAUGAAUGAGCAGACGACGGUGAUAACUUGGCCUCCAACCCCUGUUGCAGAUACUACUGGUGUACCUUCCUUCCUGCGCACAUCUCAGUCGCAAUCUCAGCCUGCCACGAUGGAUCAAACACAGGAAACCACCUCCAUCAGCCUUCAUAAGGUCUCAUCUCUUGCAUCACUCUAUAGUGAAAAACUUGCGAGAGGGAGAAAAGUGAAUAUAUUACUGGCCACGCUAGAGGUGGAAGGCCCUGAUACAGUGCGUGUGAAGAAAGGCCUGGACGCAGGGAAAGAAGUUUCAGUUCUCAAAAUGAUUCUGGGUGACGAAGAUGGAUCAGUAUGCAAGCUCACCUCAUGGCGUGAUGUUGCAGAUGCCUGGGGUGCGCUGGGCGUCAAGCGCGGAGAUAUAAUUUAUCUAGAGAGCACGUAUCGUAUCGCCCCUGCGAUCGCAUUGCGCAGCUCGAUCACCCUCACCGCUUCUCCAUACAACAAGCCCACCGCGGAGAUUUGCUUUCGGACCAUGCCUUAUACACGUGAGGACAAUCGUCUCCGGCCAGACCUCCGGCUCGGGGAAAGCGAUGCCGCCGUCAAGAAGGUCGCUGCGCUAGCCAAGUGGUUCGAGCGGAUGGCUGGGUUAGCG